GGGGGCGGGGCGCGCGGCGCCGCACGCGCGCUGAGGGCAGCGCAGGGAAGGCGGCGGCUCGCGCCUCCCGCGCCCACCGGAGCGGGGGCACCCGGCGGGGCGGGGCCGCGGCGCGACUGCACCAAGAUGACACCAGCAACUCGACAAGAAGUUCUCGGCCUUUACCGCAGGGUUCUGCGAAUAGCCAAGACCUGGCAGUCGGCAUCAGGACAGACAGAGGAAACCACGAGAGAGAAGGAGUACAUUAGAAAUGAAGCCAGAACCUUAUUCCGGAAAAACAGAAAUGUAACAGAUCCAAACCUGAUUAAGCAGUGCAUAGAAGAAUGUGAGGCAAGAAUAGAAAUUGGACUUCACUAUAACAUCCCCUACCCGAGACCUAUCCACCUGCCUCCUAUGGGCCUUGCCCAUAAACAAGGCCGUACAUUGCGACACCAGGAAAAGUUAAGGAAGAUUUCUAAGCCAAUAUACCUGAAAUCCCAUGAUGAAGUUUCAUAAGCCACCAUUUAAGCUGUGGUGUGUAAUCACAUCCUUUCAACUGUGAACUGCAAUCCAGGUGAUUUGUGUGCACGACUGUGAAUAGUGUGGUCACUUGCUCACACAUUUCCUGAGGCCAAAAAGCCAAUUGAUCCAUUGUGUAUGAUGGAUAAGGUUGGUUUAGUAUUUAUUACGUUUCAACCACUGACUUGUCAAUAAAAGUAACACUUUUUAAGGA